UGGGAGGUUGUCAACAACUGGUCGGUCGAGGAAGGAAAGUGUCGUUAGUUUACCGAUCAUAUUAGAAUAAGAUUUGUUUACAUAUCGCCUAUCGUAAAGGUCCGGUGGUGAUUUGUAGACAGUCCCGUCGCGUUCAGGUGUAAUCGGACAACACAGCUAUGGGCGAUAAAGUUAUGGAGGCAAGCUAACGUUAGCACAGCUGAAUGUCUUUCAGUCAGUUUCAAUUGUUAGAAGUUGGCUAGUCCCAAGCUAGCCACUACGUAGCUAACAUUGGUACAGUGGGGAUAGGCUGCUGUUUAUUGGGAGCGUCUGAUAGCCUGCGGUGGGUUGUGGCCAGCGAGAAAAUAACAUCCACGUCUGUCGAGCUGCUGUAACCGUGAAGAGGUUUCCCCUCUCGGACACCGAGGGAGCUGUUGGAGAUAUCCCCACCAUGGAUCCAUUUGACAGCAACAGUACAGAGCGAGCCAACCUGCCGAGGAACAUGAUCGAGAACAGCAUGUUUGAAGAAGAGCCUGAUGUGGUGGAUUUGGCCAAAGACUCAGCUGCAUUUCCGACGUUUCCUGCUCUUGACCCAGAUGAGGUGGCGUAUGAGCCUCGUAGCUCACGGUUGCUUGUGCGCGGCCUGGGAGAGAAUGACAUGGACGAAGAUGAGGAGGACUGCGAGUCUUCAGCCCGUCUGCUGGGCAUGUCCUUCAUGAACCGUAGCUCUGCUCACAGAUCCAACUCUUCCCCCUACACCAGACAGGCUCCACCCAGGUCAUGUUCACGGCCCUCAGCCCGUACCAUGGUCGUAUGUGUGUUAUUCCUGGUCAUAGUGGCCUCUAUGACCAUGGUACUGUACUUCUUACCUGGAUGCACCUUUACCAAGACGGGUUGCCGUAAGGAGAACAAGACCACGCCCAUCGAGCCACCCUUUCCAUGGUCACAGUUCCGGCUGCCUCACAGCAUACGUCCUCUCAGCUAUGACCUCACCCUGAACCCCGACCUUGAUAAUAUGAACUUCACCGGCAGCACUGUUAUCAAAAUGGUUGUCCUCCACAACACCAAGCGCAUUGUCCUGCACAGUGCUAAUCUCAACAUUUCAAAAGCUACCUUCAAGCUGGAUGAUGGGGAGGCCAGUGAUGUGACUGUACUGGAGUACAAACCCAGACAGCAGAUAGCUCUUAACUUCUCAGAGGAGCUGAAGGCGGGACAGUACUGUGUUUUGACCCUGGAUUACUCUGCCAACCUCUCACACACCUAUGAUGGUUUCUACAACAGCUCAUAUACUGAUAAAGAUGGAAACAAAAGGGUCUUAGCUGCAACCCAGUUUGAGCCACUGUCAGCUAGGAAGGCCUUUCCUUGCUUUGAUGAACCAGCUUUCAAAGCCACCUUCCUGAUUAAAAUCAACAGAAAACCAGACUACAUGACUCUUUCCAACAUGCCUAAGGCUAAAACCACACCACUUAACAAUGGCCUUGUGCAAGAUGAGUUUGAAAUGACAAGCGUCAACAUGAGCACCUACCUGGUGGCCUUCAUCGUUGGCAACUUCACCCCUGUCAGCAAAAAUGUCUCAGAAAUUCUGGUGUCUGUGUACUCUGUGCCAGAGAAGAAAGAGCAUACCGACUAUGCUCUUGACGCAGCUUCCAAACUCCUGGACUUCUACAAUGACUUCUUUGAAAUUAACUUCCCCCUCAAAAAACUAGGUGAGUACCCACUGGCACUUGCAUGUUUUAAUCCUCCUAUGAUUGUUCUUUCUUGUCUCCUCCCCUCUUUACACACCCUGAUAUGCUCCCUCUCUUUUUUGUCAGACUUGAUAGCAAUCCCGGACUUCCUGGCAGGAGCCAUGGAGAACUGGGGACUCAUCACUUUCAGAGAGACCAGCCUGCUAGUGGGCAAACAGUCCUCACCUCUGGAAAAACAAGUAGUUGCCUCCGUCAUAGCGCAUGAGCUCGCCCAUCAGUGGUUUGGAAACCUGGUAACUAUGAGCUGGUGGAAUGAUCUGUGGCUCAAUGAAGGCUUUGCCACAUACAUGCAGUACAUGUCACUGCAGACAGUUUUGCCCCAGCUGGACAUUGGUAAUUUGUUCCUGGCAGUGCGGUUCAGAGCCUUGGACAAAGAUGCAUUAAACUCCUCCCACGCUGUGUCAACAGCAGUUAAUUCACCAGAACAGGUGGAAGAGAUGUUUGACUCUGUCUCCUAUGAAAAGGGUGCGUCCAUUCUCCUGAUGCUGAAUGCUUCCCUGUCAGGCGACCAACAGUUCAGAAAGGGUAUCAUUCAAUACCUAAAACAGUUCAGUGGAUUAAACACGGACACUAACGACCUCUGGAACAGCCUUACACAGAUUGAGGUCUCGACGCAGCACCAGAAUGUGUCCGAGAUGAUGAGCUCAUGGACGUCACAAAAAGGCUUCCCACUGGUCACUGUAAGCCGCAAGGGUGAUCAGGUGACCCUCACACAGGAACACUUCCUGCUCACAUCGGACAAUGCCACACAUACUUCAAGCUUGUGGAAUAUUCCAGUGACGUACGUAAGUGACAACUGUAGUUUGGCCCCUGAGUGCAGACAGUUGUUCACUCUGAAAACCAAGUCAGGGACAUUUAAGGUGCCAGAAAGUGUAAAAUGGUUGAAGUUGAACUACAGAAACACAGGCUUCUACAUUGUCCACUAUGGAGACGAUGGCUGGGCUGCUCUUAGAGAUGCUUUGGCCAACGAUGUCAGUGUUCUUACACACGAGGACCGCGCGUCGCUCAUACACAACAUCUUUGCUCUCUCCAGACUGGGACGUGUGUCCUUCCGUCAUGUCCUCAACCUGUUGAACUACAUAUCCAAUGAAACAGAGACUUCUCCUGUGACAGAGGCCUUGUUACAGCUCAACAAAAUCUACCAGCUGCUUGACAAAAGACAGGAGUACAGUCUUGUGGCCCGCAUGAAGACUUAUAUUCUGCAUCAUUUUGGUUCUCUGAUGGACAAACAAACAUGGGAAGAGCAGGAGAGUGUGUCUAAACAGGAGCUGCGCUCAGCCCUGCUGGAAACGGCCUGUGGUCUAGAUGACGAAAACUGCACUCAGCAAGCCAAAGCCCUGUUCAAACAGUAUGUCGACUCCAAUGCGACCUCACGGAUCCCAGGCGAUCUGCAGCAAGUCGUAUUUAAUGUGGCUGCUCAAUCAGCUGAAGAUUGGCCGACUUUGCUCAACCUGUAUGGACAUGCCACAUAUGACGCAGAGAAGCGUAAAAUGCUGCGGGGCCUAGCAUCCACUCAGGACGCACGGAAAAUAGUAUGGAUUCUAAAAGCAGGUCUGAAGGGGAAUCUCAUCCAGACACAGGAGUUGCCUUUGGUCAUCAGCACUGUGUGUAAGGGCUUCGCCGGCUACUUGUUUGCCUGGGAUUUUAUACAAGAAAACUGGGACCGCCUCAUAGAGAAGUUCCCUGUGGGCUCCUUUGCCAUCCAGACAAUCAUCAACUCUGCCACCUCCCAGUUCUCCACACAGGCACACCUUGAUCAAGUGCAGGGUUUCUUCUCCAGUCUGAAGGAGCGCGGCUCUCAGAUGAGGAGUGUGCAGGAAGCUUUGGAAACCAUCAGGCUGAACAAGCGCUGGAUGGAAAAGAACCUGCGUACACUCCAAAAAUGGCUCUAACACAGACGCUCCAUCCAGUCUCAGCCCCUCUAACAGGCAGCAGGGGCGUGUCGUCAAGACAACAGCAGUGUUUGCACUAUUAUAGGACUGUGUCUCUUAACUCCCUUGAUCCAGGCCAGAGUAUUAAUCAAAGCCAGAGGUUGUGCUCUAUCUGGGUGGAAAAGGUGUUUCAUUUUCUGAGAUUGGUCCUGUGAGUUGUAUUUGCUAGCUCAGGGUGGCUCUGAUUGUGUGUCUGACAGGGAGUUGUCAGAUGCAAACACACACUCCUCACUCUUAAUGCUGUCGACCAAACCUCUCCUCUGCAGCUCUCAUCUAAACCUCAUGCCCGAGCAGACAAUCAUGCUUCACCCACACUCCUUUCGCUCAGCCUGCUCUCAGGCACUUAACUGUAUGAGCUGUGCAAUGGCCACUUCAAAAAGAGCAGGUAUGAGGAAUGUUACCGUCUAUGUAUGUAUUGUCAGUCAGUGCAGGACUUUCUCUCGACCAUCGGAUGUACAGUAUGCAGAUGCAGCCGUCAGGGAUUCCGCAGUGAGUUGAAAUUACCGGUACUUGAGUGAUGGAAUUAUUCUAAGAUUUUAUCGCUGUGUGAUAAGGAUCUAUAUAGAAACAACAGCUGCCGCCAUUCUGAGUUUCUCUAGUUACUCAUGUCACCUCAAGCAUUUACUGUAUUAUUCAUGGUUUGGCUAGAAGAUUGGUUGAUUGAUUGAUAGCUUAAAAUACCAAAUUUGCAUUGGCAUCAAUUGAAUGUACUGAAAAACCUUCCCACUGUGUACAGUAGAUGGCGUACUGCACAACAGUGCAGCUUUAAGUCAACAACCAACGUGUCUUAGGUGAGAGCAGGCAGUGCACACUGGAGCCAAAUAUUCUUUUUUUUUUCUCUUCCUUUCUCUACCAGUCAUAAACCCGGUUUAGCUCUUAUAAACAAGUUUUAUUUUAAUUGCUUUUUGUCUGCAGUGCAGUCACUGUACAGACUUUAACUCUGUGUGCUUGUAAACUUGUAAUUAUAAUAUAAAUAGGCUCAACCCUUCAACGUUUUCCCCUGCGAUUAUGGAUGUACUGUUUCAAACAUCUUGACUUUUAACAUUUUAAGAUUUGCUUUGUGUUAUGUAUAUAGAGUGUAAAGAAGAGAUGUAUACAUAGAAUUGAUCAAGAGUCUUGGUCAAAUACUUUUAUUGUAUUUGUUGAUUUAGACCACCCCAAGGAGGUCACUGCUGAUGAAUGUUUGUGUUUUAAGGGCUAAUGUGCAUAUUGGAGAUACAAAGUGUAUAGAAGAACAUCUAUGUUGGGCAUGACUAAUAUGUCCCAAAAGCUGUUGCUCAUCAGCCAAAUACAGAAGGUUUAAAGUUACUCCAAUGUUAACUAUUUAUUGAGAGCGUAACUAAACAGGUCCCCCAACAUUGUUCCAGGACUAUGUUUAAAUACAGUUUUACACUCAUCAUGAGCUUUAUUUAAAGUGGUACUGCUUACUUAUCCACUCCAUCAACUUCAUGAUUAUCAGGAUAAUUGAGAAUAUACUGGAGAUUUAGUCAUUUUCUUUGGACAUCCUUAACAGACUUGCGUUUCUGUUUUUGGUUGUCACAUUUUCUUCUUCUGACGCCUCUGUCUCAUUCAUGUAAAAACUGCGUCUGCAGGAUUUUCAAGUUCAUCAAAAAAAUAAUGUGUGUCACAAAGGCGACCCCUGAGAUCCGGGUUCAGUUCCCGGUACUGUUACCUCUGGCUUGGUUACAGUCCCAGUGAACAUAAUUGGCCCUGUGCACAGGUGGGAAACUUUUGAGGGGGUCAUGUGUUUUGUUGCUGCACUAGUGACUCCUACUGGUAGGUCUAAGUGGCAGUAAGGUGGGGUGGGGUCCACGAGGGGACCAGACAGAGUGAAGCGCGGCGCAUGAAAAGACACACCAAGAGACACCAUGUGUAUCGAAGGCAUGGCUGUCUGCACCCUCCCCAGGUUAACAGUGGAGGUUAGCAGUAUGAUGGAUCAAAGUACAAAUAAUUUUGCAUUCCAAACUGGGGAGGAGAGAUAAUGUGGUAAUAAUGAGAUUGUCAGACUUUACUUUGCAGUUUAGAUCUGUCUGGAGGUUAGAAACAGUAUUGCUUUUGACUUAUUCCAUCCAGUCCAUCAUAGUUUUAUAGACCGUGUAAUAAUGUGUUAAAUUGCCAUUUACCUUUAAAUGCACAUCUUAUACUUUUAUGUCCUAGCUCCGUUUUAUUGUGAAAAGGUGUCAUCGGUCUAGGCCACUUUUUUUUCCAGCUGCCAGCAAUCAGAUAAAUUAAUCAGCUUUAUUAAGUCUCUGGGACUUUCUGGUUUUUCGCCACAUUUUGGUUAGAGAAUAUGAAGAUGUAUGAAGUCAUUUGCAAUAAGCUUUCAGAGAUGAGUGUUACUGAUGUCAUUCAGGUACAGUGAUUAGUCGAAAUAGUUGAUGUAGCCGGUCUGAUGAGAGGAUAUUAGUAGGUUUUACCACAGUACCACAUGUGCAGUAAACCCAAUCAGAUUGUCUUUGUCUUUGCACUGGGAUGAAAUGCUGCAGAUGCUUUUGAAACUGUAUUGCUCUUCAUGUGAACAAAAUAUAAAUAAAAGGUGUUUUCUGAA